AUGGCAGCUAAAGAUAUGGUAUGUGGUGGGGUGAGACGCCGUAUUGGGAAUGAAAAUUCUACCUUAAUAUGGGAGCACUUAGACCCUAUGAUCCAUAUGGAGAUGCCACCCCAGUUAUCAGGAGCUAAAGUGGAAGGAUUGAUUGAUCAGGAUACUGGGACUUGGGACCCUCAAAUUGUAGUUGAUAUCUUCCAACCAAGUGACGUGCCUAGAAUUCUAAAGAUACCAGUUUCUCCAGAGCAAAUUAUUGGAAAUUAUACAAGUAGCAAUAAUGGGGAAUUUGAUAAAUGGCUUACCCUAUGGAAGCUAAAAAUACCCCCAAAAUGGAAGACAUUUUUAUGGAGAGCUAUAAGUAAUAUCCUUCCCACUACCACCAAUUUGCUUAUAAAGAGGGUGGAUGUUGAUCCAACUUGUGCCAUGUGUGGAAUCAUGCAAGAGGACACUAUGCACUCAUUAGUAACGUGUGGUUAUGCAACUGCAAUACUAUAUCACAUCUGGAGAGCACGAAAUGGAGCGGUUUGGGAUGCCUGUUUACCGUUGCCCGGGAAGCUAAUUACUAUGACAGUUGCCAACAUGCAAGCAUGGCGAGCUGUCCACUGCACAACCGCCGCAAGGAUGGCCGACGACACUGCUGCAGCCGAUACCGCCGGCCUCCCACUGCCGCUGCCACCCGACGCUGCUGCCUCGACAUCUACAGCUAUGGUGAAAGCGGCUACUGCACGGCCAAGGAGGUGUUAUGUUGACGCCAGAUAUCAUCAUUCCGUAAAUUCGGCCACAGUGGGUGCAAUUUUGCUCGACGAGGACAGAAGCUACGUUGCGGCAUUCAGCAUCCCCUUACCAAGUUGUUUAUCCCCCCCUCAUGGCUGA